AUGUCAAUCAAUUAAGAACUUAGUUUUGAUUUCAAAUCUCAAGUCAAUUUUGAUAACGACCCCCAACAAUCCAACUAUUCCAAUUUUGCAGAACAAUGGCAAGAGAAGAUCUCUAGUCUCUAACAAAACAUAUAGGAAAUGCAACAGCAAAAAGAAGACGUCAAGAAUGCAUUAUUAUAAGCCUAAUCAAGAAUCAAAAAUAAGAAGUCCUACAUAGAUGAACCAAAAAUGCAAUAAGUGGAAACGAGGACCUUGGAAACGAAUCUACCUAUUUAAAACACCUCAAUUAACCAUUUAUUAAAUGAAUCGAUCAACACAUAAGAAUUUCAAACUCCAAUGAACUAAAUCAAUUAAGUCACCAACAUCAGAUAGUAACCAAUUGCAACAUUUCUAAUGGAUAUUAGAUUGAAUGAUAUCUACUUAUAAAACUUUAUAGACUUAGGCAUUUAUGAUAAUGUAAGUCUUUUGAAAUCAUUGCCAGCUCAAAAUAAAUGCAAAUUUCUAUUAAACAAAUACGGUAUUGAUAAAUUAGGAUAUCAAAGAAGGAUCUUGGCUAAAUUAGAUGAAGAAAUGGGUUUAUUUUCAAAAAAAGGUUUACUGUUAAAUAUUGAAUACUGUUAGGAAUAAAUUCCAAAUAUGGAAGAAUGGUUAAAAUCUAUUAAUCAAUCUAAAUAUUAUCCAAAUUUUGUAUUGGCAGGAUAUGACAACUUUGCCUAUAUGAUUUAUCAAGAGUAAAGUCAAUACAAAUUAAAAGUUCAAGAUUUUAAAGAUUCUUUUUAUAUUGAAAGUGAAUAAGAUAGAUAAUUGCUUAUUGCACACGUAGUAAUCAUUUGUGAUAAGAUGAUGAAUUGUGAUUUAUGGACUGUUUAGGGAAUAAAAAAGAAAUAAUAAGAAUCAGAUUUUAAUUUAGUAUAAUGCACUCUACCUUCAAAUUAAUGUUAGAUCUUUUGA